GAGCUGGAGCUCUGAGUGUCACAGACAGGAGUAUUUUACUACUGCGGUGUCGGUCCUCCUGCUGCUGCUGCUGCUGCUGCUGCUGCCAACAACCACCGUGGACCACCGUCACAGUGAGGAUUACUGCCCCUGUCUUCCAUUUCCAGGGAAUGAAACUCUCCUGAACCGACGCUGCUGUGAUGAGAUUUUCUGUCCUAGGAUCACUCUGCGCUCUCGUCUUGCUGUGGCCGCAGCCGUCAUGCCUGGGGGAUGAGGUGACCUCCAGCACAGGUACUGUAGUCAACCCAUGCUGUUACAUUCCCUGUCAGCACAGGGGCAUUUGUGUAAGACAUGGAGAGGAAAAGUAUGAGUGUGACUGCACGCGCACCGGAUACUACGGAGAAAACUGCACCGUCCCGGAGUUUUGGACCAGAGUGCGUCACUUCUUAAAGCCAAGCCCAGAUGUGGCACACUACAUUCUCACCCAUUUCCAUUGGCUGUGGGACGUCAUCAAUCACACGUUCUUACGUGAUGUUCUCAUGCGGCUGGUGCUCACAGUUAGGUCCAACCUGAUACCCAGCCCUCCAACCUUUAACUCAAAGUACAACUACCUCAGCUGGGAAUCCUACUACAACUUGAGCUACUACACGCGCCUACUGCCCCCAAUACCAGACGACUGCCCCACACCUUUGGGUGUUAGAGGCAAGGCUGGGCUGCCUGACCCUGAGCUCCUGGUUGAAAAGCUGUUGAAGAGAAGGACUUUUAGACCCGAUCCCCAGGGCACCAACCUCAUGUUUGCUUUCUUUGCACAGCAUUUCACCCACCAGUUCUUUAAGACCUACAACCGCAUGGGUUUAGGUUUUACUAAGGCUCUAGCACACGGGGUAGACGCAGGACACGUUUAUGGAGACAACUUGGAACGCCAGCUCCAACUUAGGCUUCACAAAGAUGGAAAACUGAAAUAUCAGGUCAUCAAUGGCGAAGUGUACCCUCCCACUGUACUCGAUACGAUGGUGAAGAUGAGCUACCCCCCAAGUGUUCCACCUGAGCAUCAGAUCGCUAUUGGUCAGGAAGUGUUCGGACUUCUCCCUGGUUUGGGAAUGUACGCCACCCUGUGGCUGAGGGAGCACAAUCGAGUCUGUGACAUCCUGAAAGUGGAGCAUCCCACGUGGGACGAUGAGCAGCUUUUCCAGACCACACGUUUGAUCAUCAUCGGUGAGACGAUCAAAAUCGUGAUCGAGGAGUAUGUACAGCACCUCAGUGGCUACAUGCUGCAGCUGAAGUUUGAUCCAACGCUGCUGUUUAACACUCCCUUCCAAUAUGGAAACCGAAUCGCACUGGAGUUCAGCCAACUGUACCACUGGCAUCCGCUGAUGCCUGACAGCUUCCUCAUAAAUGGAGAUGAAGUGACGUACACGCAGUUUCUCUUUAACACGUCCGUCCUCACGCACUACGGCGUUGACAAGCUGGUGGACUCUUUCUCUCGGCAAGUUGCUGGGCAGAUCGGCGGGGGCCAUAACAUCAAUGCGAUUGUGACUCACGUGGCUGUGGGUGCCAUAAAGGAAUCUCGCCAGCUCCGGUUGCAGCCGUUCAAUGAGUACAGAAAACGUUUUAACCUGACGCCCUACGCAUCCUUCCAGGAAUUCACUGAUAAUGAAGAGAUAGCCGGCGUGUUGGAAGAACUCUACGGAGACAUUGACACACUCGAAUUUUAUCCCGGUUUAAUGUUGGAGAAAACAAGACCUAACGCCAUAUUUGGGGAAAGCAUGGUGGAAAUGGGAGCUCCUUUCUCACUCAAAGGCCUCCUAGGAAAUCCUAUAUGUUCUCCAGAAUAUUGGAAGCCCAGCACCUUUGGAGGCAAAGUGGGCUUUGACAUAGUGAACUCUGCCACGCUAAAGAAGCUGGUUUGUCAAAACACCAGGACAUGUCCUUAUGUGGCAUUUCACAUACCUAGAGAGGAGCAGUCCCAAUCCCAGGGUCAGAAAGAAUUAAAUAAGGACGGAAACGACGAGCUAGCCGUGAUCAUGACAACUCUGGAUGAUAAGAUACUGGGGGAGAAGCUGCAGUACUACUACAGCAGCAGUGAGGAUGAAGGAAGUGACAAUGAGGAUGAUGAAGGGGAGAGUAAGACCAUCAGGGAUGCCAGCGUUGCAGAGCCGGUCAUCGACUACAGUGCAGAUGGAAGUGCUGUGAACACAGGACCAAAGGGCGUGAUCAAUGACUGGAGGAAAUACAAGCAGCUGGAGGUGGAGCAGAAACAGGAGCAGAAGAAAGAGAUGGAGCGACUGAUCAAGAAGCUGUCGAUGACCUGUCGCUCUGACCUGGACCUGGAAAAAGAUAAAGAGAAACAAAAAGAGCUGCAAGACAAAAUUAAUGGCAAAAUGACUAUGCAAGAGUACAACAUACUUAAGGAGGGAGACGAUGAUGAAGACUUCCUCCAGCAAUACCGUAUGCAGCGCAUCGAAGAGAUGCGCCGCCAGCUCUGCCGUGGAAAACGUUUUGAGCAGGUCUACGAGCUCAACAGCGGCGAGGAGUUCCUGGAAGCCCUAGAUAAGGAGGAUAAAAGCACGCUGGUCAUGAUCCACAUAUAUGAGCCAGACAUUCCAGGCUGUGAGGCCAUGUUUGGCUGCCUGAUGUGUCUGGCUCAGGAGUACCCGCUGGUGAAGUUCUGCAGCGUGCGCAGCUCAGCCAUCAGCACCAGUGCACUGUUCAGAGACAGUGCUCUUCCUGCCCUGCUUGUUUACAAAGGCGGGGACCUGAUUGGCAACUUUGUGCGUCUCACAGACCAACUGGGUGAGGAUUUCUUUGCUGUUGAUCUGGAGGCUUUGUUACAGGAGUAUGGCAUGCUGCCUGACAAGUCUCCAGUCGCCCCAAAGGUGAUUCGCAAUGGAGCCAUUAUCCAGAACAAUGUGAGUGAUGAAGACUCUGACCUUGAUAUAGAUUAGAGCUGCCAUCAUCAUCAUCAUCAUCAUCAUCGAGUGCUUGGAACCGUGUAUGAACUAAGUCUGCAUGGACAACAGAACAUCCUAAUAAAUGUAUGAAACAGAACCAGGUCAGUGAGUGUUUCUCAGCAAAAAUAGUUUUAUUUAUUUAGAGUAAAAAUAGCCAGUUUCAUUAUCAAGGACCUGUUCAGACAUAGAAAAUCUUUAUGUGUAGGUUAAUAUUUUGUUUGAAUUGUAAGUGUAUUUAUUUAUGUAAAGGACCAGUGUGUGAGAUUUACCUCUCACUGUGCAUUACUGCACACAAAAACUAAAAACAUUUGUUUGUUUUGAUCCAGUUGUGUUUGAGUACUUUGUUGGAAAAGUAGUGCAUCUUGGCACAGAGUUGGAGUUGGUACAUAUGCAACAUGUGACGACCUAAAUCCUCCGCACUGGUCCUUUAAACACAUUCCUCUCCUGCUGCAUCUUCUGUCAUGUGUAAAUCUGAACCAUCGUUCCUGUUUGGCUCCAAGUUCAUUUUCUAACUUUUCUACAUGCUGUACCAUUUUAAACAGAAAGAUGAAUAAACUCUAAACUGUUUGCA